CCAAACAUACACUCACACACACGUACAUAAACACCCUCAGCCAUUACCCCUUACAGCAUCUGCAAAUGCAUUAGCUUGGAAUAGGCAGGAUUCCCAAGUGGCCCUGUCUUUCCGAUUAAAGAUUCCCUAGUGACCACAAAGCAAAUCACUGCUCCUCUGCAGGAGGGAGGCUUUUCCACUAAUCUGGUUGAUGAAGAUCCCACAGCUCUGGGGACCUGACAGGAGCUGCUUCAUACCAGUCACGGGUCUCUGACUACUAAAUGUACAUGCGAGCAUCUGAGAGUACAGCCUACUAUCUGUCCUGAACCUCUGGGAAAUUCAGUUUAGCUUGCAUUUUGCCUUUCCUUCUUUUACGCAGCUCGCAGUUGUACACAGAGAGGCAAAAAAAGACGGCAGAAGGAACUGUUCUUGUUAUCAUAGAGCAUUGCACACAGGGAAGUUUGAUCGUUUCAAUCAUUAAACAUUGGAUUAAACUGAUUCUACUCCACCAGUGAAAGAAAUUCAAUUGAGGGUAUUACUCUGAAUGAGUAAUUAAAAAGACUACAGUGUGCAGAUAUAUUGAGAAACAUCGUGAAUGAUCAUCAUCAAGUUAUUUUCAGCUCACUCCUGAUUGCGUACCUUUCAGCUGAAAUUUUGGAGUUUAACAAGACACUCCACUUAAGAGAUUGCCAAUGCUUACAAGGAACUGCUUGUUGCUGUUCCUUUGGUUUGUCUUUGACAACGGUCUUCUUACACCACUGCAUUCUCCGCCACAAAACAGACCGGCAAAGGAACAGCGCAGGGGCAUUGUGGAGCUCAUGAGAAAUGGUCCAUCAAGUUUCCAACGAGUCAAACGUGGCUGGGUAUGGAACCAGUUCUUCGUGUUGGAGGAGUACAUGGGUUCUGACCCACAGUAUGUGGGCAAGCUGCACUCUGACCUGGACAAAGGCGACAGUGCAGUAAAAUACACCCUCUCUGGAGAUGGAGCUGGUUCAAUUUUUACCAUCGAUGAAAUUACAGGAGACAUCCAUGCUUUAAGGAGUCUUGACAGAGAAGAAAAACCAUACUACACCCUGCGUGCUCAGGCUGUUGAUAUAAAAACAGGCAGGCCCCUGGAGCCCGAAUCUGAAUUUGUCAUUAAGGUUCAAGAUAUCAAUGACAAUGAGCCCAAAUUUUUGGAAGGUCCUUACACAGCAAGUGUACCAGAAAUGUCUCCAGUAGGAGUAAUAAGGACUGCUUUGCCGAACAUGGACAGAGAGGUCAAAGAACUUUACCAGAUUCUUAUUCAAGCCAAGGAUAUGGGAGGACAACUAGGAGGGCUUGCUGGGACUACAACUAUUAACAUUACACUCUCUGAUGUCAAUGACAAUCCACCAAGAUUUCCAAAAAAUAUUAUACACCUGAGAGUGCCAGAGUCUUCUCCAGUAGGAUCCACUGUUGGAAGAAUAAAAGCUCAUGACCCUGAUGCUGGUAAAAAUGCAGAAGUGGAGUAUACCAUUGUUCCUGGGGAUGGUGGAGCUAUGUUUGAUAUCACAACUAAUGAACAAACACAAGAAGGAAUUCUCAUACUUAAAAAGCCUUUGGACUAUGAAACAAAAAAGUCCUAUACCUUCAAAGUAGAUGCUUCUAAUGCACAACUGGAUCAUCGCUUCCACAACACAGGACCCUUCAAGGAUACAGCAACUAUCAAGAUUAAUAUUUUGGAUGUUGAUGAGCCUCCAGUAUUUGACAAGUCUUCGUACACUAUGAAUGUGUAUGAAGAUACCCCUGUCGGGAUCAUUAUAGGAGCUGUAACUGCGCAAGACAUGGAUGCUGGCAGCAGUCCUGUAAGGUAUUCUAUUGACUGGAAGAGUGAUUUGGACAGCUAUUUUGACAUUGAUCCAGUUAAGGGAACCAUCUCUACAAACGAACUGUUGGAUAGGGAAAACAUUCCACAGCAUAAUAUCUCCAUUGUGGCAACUAAAGUUAAUAACCCAGUCCUGACCAGUAAAGUUGAUGUCACAGUCCAUGUGCAGGAUGUUAAUGAGUUUCCUCCAGAAUUUGCCAUACCUUAUGAGACCUUUGUUUGUGAAAAUUCCAGAGUAGGCCAGCUAAUUCAAACUGUUAGUGCAAAGGACAGAGAUAUGCCCCCUGCUGGUCAGAAGUUCUUUUUUAAAUCACCACCAGAAACCAUUAAAAACCCAAAUUUUACAGUCCAAGAUUUCAGAAACAACACAGCUGGGAUUCUCACAAAACUGAGUGGGUUUAGUAGAAGAUUGCAAGACAUUUACUAUCUACCUGUUGUAAUAGAAGACAGUGGGUAUCCAGUCCUCAGCAGUACCAACACUCUGACUAUUCGAGUCUGUGGAUGUGAUACUGAUGGCUCCCUCUUAUCUUGCAAUGUUGAGGCAAUCUUCUUGCCAGUAGGACUCAGCACAGGGGCACUGAUAGCAAUUCUUCUAUGCAUCAUAAUACUCUUAGUGAUUGUGGUACUUUAUGUUGGACUCAGGAGACAAAAGAAGAAGGAGACCUUGAUGACAUCAAAAGAAGAUAUCCGGGACAAUGUUAUCCAUUAUGAUGAUGAAGGUGGUGGUGAAGAAGAUACCCAUGCUUUUGACAUUGGCACAUUGAGGAAUCCCAAGGUGAUUAAAGACAACACAUGUAGAAGAGACGUAAAACCAGAGACCGAACCUUGCCCUAAGAUACCUGUUUCUCAGGACAGCACAGAUAUCAGAGAUUUCAUUUGCCAGCGGCUGCAGGAGAAUGACUUUGAUACUGCUGCACCUCCGUAUGACUCUUUGGCAACAUACGCAUAUGAGGGAGAAGGAUCAGUAGCAGAGUCCUUGAGCUCUAUUGAGUCACUUACUGCAGAUACUGAUGAGGAUUAUAAUUAUCUCAACGAGUGGGGACCCCGUUUUAAAACUUUAGCAGGGAUAUUCGGAGAGCAAGAAUCACAUCUGGAUAUAAAGGAAAACAAUCUAUAAUAUUGUGAAAAAAGGUCUGGAAGAGAAUUUAUUUUAUACGAGCACCCAUUUUUUCCUACUCUCUUCCAAAAUGAAAUUUAAGGAAAGAAAGUCAAAGGAAACAAGCCAGCCUUCAAUUACUAUUCAUAGUUUUGUUUUGUUUUUUCUGCUCUGUUUUGUUUGUAAGACCUAGGGGAAAUGAAGACUAGGCAAAAGCAAAAUGCAAGAAUUCUCUUUACUGUUCUUAAAAAAAGUGCCUCAAGAACCUUUUUUUUAAACCAUCGCAGUAAAAAUCUAUUUUCUUUCAAGUUUGAGCCCCCCAAAAUGGAAUAGUAUCAAACAAAGUUUAACUGUGAAAAGCAAUAAUGUUUUCCUGUGGUAACAUUAUUAAUCAAAAAGUUUCUGGGGGCAUUAAAGUGGCCCUAUUUGGCCAAAGAUGGAUGCACUGUAUAUAUAUUUGCUUGUUUGUUUGUUUUUUAAAGUAACUUGAGGUUUUAUUUGGUAAUUAACCAUAACUCACAUGCAAAGGAUAUUUGAAUCAUGGGGGGAGGGAGCCUGCUGUAAAGACUUGUAUUUGUUUGUUGUAAAAUAAUUUAGGGCUAAUCAUGAAAUAUUAAGAUUCAGGUUAUGUAAUAAACACUGUUUUUUUUUCUUAAACACAAUGUGCAGCUUGUUUGGUAACUCUUAAAUAAAUGCUUCUCAGAAAAUAAGAUAUUGAAUGACUUAGACAUUAACCUGGUUCUGGGGCUUGUCAGACUAUUUGAAGUUGAUCAACCACCUCCGAUUAUUUUCAUAUAAAUAAUAUCUGUAUAAAUGUAUAGAUUUAUUUACACUUCAUUAUAUACAGUACAG